CCACCGCUGCUGCUACAUCAUCUAUUAGGCUCGGACAGCAGCCCUCUUCUCUCCUAGAAUUGGGGCUUGUUUGAAAGCUACGCUAGCCUGGCGGGAAUACGCUGGGUGUUAGCAUCCUUAUUAAAGCGAGGCCUGGACUGGGGGAGACAUUUUAGAACAAUGCAGCCUUUUCAAACGGGUCGCUGACCAGGUGUGUCAACCGAAGCCAGCCCCGCGGAGAGAACUCUUGCUUUAGUAGUUUCGUUUUGAGAUAAGGAACUUCAAACUGGCUGAAAUGGACGAACAAAGUGUCGAGAGCAUCGCGGAGGUGUUUCGCUGCUUCAUCUGCAUGGAGAAGCUGCGGGACGCUCGCCUCUGCCCGCAUUGCUCCAAACUCUGCUGCUUCAGCUGCAUCCGGCGGUGGCUGACGGAGCAGAGGGCCCAGUGUCCACACUGUCGGGCGCCGCUGCAGCUGCGGGAGCUGGUCAACUGUCGCUGGGCGGAGGAGGUGACCCAGCAGCUGGACACCCUGCAGCUCUGCAGCCUGACCAAGCACGAGGACAACGACAAGGACAAGUGUGAAAACCACCAUGAGAAACUGAGUGUUUUCUGUUGGACCUGUAAGAAAUGCAUCUGUCACCAGUGCGCUCUGUGGGGAGGCAUGCACGGUGGCCACACUUUCAAGCCUCUGGUGGAGAUUUACGACCAGCAUGUGACCAAGGUGAAGGAGGAGGUGGCAAAGCUGCGGCGCCGCCUCAUGGAGCUCAUCAGCCUGGUGCAGGAAGUGGAGAGGAACGUGGAAGCCGUCAGGGGGGCGAAGGACGAGAGGGUCAGAGAGAUCCGGAAUGCUGUGGAAAUGAUGAUCGCUCGUCUGGACAACCAGCUCAAAAACAAACUCAUCACCCUCAUGGGCCAGAAGACGUCCUUGACCCAGGAGACGGAGCUGCUGGAGUCGCUGCUGCAGGAGGUGGAGCAUCAGCUUCACUCCUGCAGUAAAAGCGAACUGAUCUCCAAGAGCCCAGAGAUCCUGCUGAUGUUCCAGCAGGUCCAUCGGAAGCCCAUGCAGUCCUUCGUCACCACGCCGGUGCCCCCAGACUUCACCAGUGAACUGGUUCCUGCCUAUGACUCCAGCACUUUUGUUCUAGUCAAUUUCAGCACCCUGAGGCAGCGGGCCGAUCCGGUCUACAGCCCUCCUCUGCAGAUAUCCGGCCUCUGCUGGAGGCUCAAAGUCUACCCUGAUGGAAACGGUGUCGUCCGUGGAAACUAUUUAUCCGUGUUUCUGGAGUUGUCAGCCGGACUUCCUGAAACAUCGAAAUACGAGUACCGUGUGGAGAUGGUCCAUCAGGCCUCCAGUGACCCAACCAAGAACAUCAUCCGGGAGUUUGCCUCUGACUUUGAGGUCGGGGAAUGCUGGGGCUACAACCGCUUCUUCAGGCUGGACCUCCUGGCCAGCGAGGGCUACCUGAACAUGCAGACCGACACGCUCGUGCUCCGCUACCAGGUGCGCUCACCUACGUUCUUCCAGAAGUGCAGAGAUCAGUACUGGUACAUCAGCCAGCUGGAGUCUGCCCAGAGCGGCUACAUUCAGCAGAUCAACAACCUCAAAGAGAGGCUGGCCAUCGAGCUGUUUCGCCGCCAGACGUCUCGCAGCUCCUCGCCCCCCGACCUGAGACCCGCCGCAGGCGCCGCCACCUCCGAACGAGAUCCCCGCUCGGCGAAAACCGACGAGGACGCUCAGGCCACUUUGGGCAGCACCAAAAAAGGCGACGAAGAGGAGCGGACCCAGCACGACGACUCCAACGAGCUGUCGGAUGGAGACCUGGAGGUGGACUGUCUGACUGAGGAGGAAAUGAACCCGCUGGAUGGUAGCAGCACCUCGGGGAGCUCCACAGCUACCAGCAACACAGAAGAAAACGAUAUCGAUGAGGAGACCAUGUCCGGAGAGAAUGAUGUGGAUUUCAUUGGGAACCUGGAGAUAGAAGAAGGAGAGCUUCCUGAGGACCUGGCUGGAGCCACUGGUGGACCCGGCUCCGGUGUGCGCCCCCUCCCUCGCGGCGGCGCCGGCCGCAGCCCCGGCGGAGCGGCGUCCGGCGGCGCCGCGGGGCCGGCCAGCAGCAGCAGCCUGCUGGAGAUCGACCCGGUCAUCCUCAUCCAGCUGCUGGACCUGAAGGAGCGCAGCAGCGUGGAGUCUCUGAAGGAGCGGGAGCGGCGCCCCCAGGUGGUGCGGCGCUCCGCCCCCGACUCGGGCGUCCUCAUCCGCCUCAAGGCCCAGAUGGCCGAAGUCCGCAGCAAGAUGUCCGACGUCAAGAGCCAAGUGCUGGAGGCGCGGGGGCCGGGGGAGGCCAGGCCCUGCCCGGCCCCCGGGCUCUUCGGGGGGGAGGAGAUGCUGCCUCACCCCAGCGACUCAGAGAUGGCCGCCUGCCGGAAGGCCAGCGAGCUGGACAUGGCGGGGAGGGCAGCUGCUGCCCGGUCCAGGCCCUGCCGCCCCGCCAGGAAGUCUUUGUCCCCGGUCCUGGACAGAGACAGUUCUCUGGUCAUGAAGAAGAGGAGGCCAGAGGAGAUGGAUGAAGAGCUGAGAGGGGCCGAGGAGCUGGUCCUGCAUCCUAAAGACGGGAUCGGAGGAGCAGAGGGAGUGCUGAAGGCCGAGGCCAUCACGGGCCCCCUGGUGACCCUGGUCAGCUGCUCGUCGGAGCAGGCCCCCCCCCCCCAGCCGCCGUACCCCGGGGAGCAGCAGCCGUACGGGGGCUCUGCGUCCAGGGACGAGGUGUUCUCGCUGGGGGGGGGCGGCCAGAGCUGCAGCAGCAGGGCUCUGGGGGCGGCCAUGCUGGACUGUGAGGCGGAAAGCUCCGGAAACUCCCAUCAGUCUCUGCUGGAGGCCGUCUCUGCAGAGCCUCAGUCAAACGAGGGCCGGUCUCCGUCUGUUCUGGUAGCAGCUACGAGCAGCGACAGCGACACGGACGACGAGGCCCAGCAGAGCAGCAACUCCCGCUACGACAACCACACCCCCCCCUGCCCAGGAGAACCGCUCCUGUCUGAGGACGUGAGCCUGCCUGCUGAUAGGUGA